AUGGUUGACGCAGCAUACUAUAAUCCAAAUUUCAAGCAGACUUACUUCUUUGGUGGUCGCCGCUAUGCCCGGAUCAAGUUUACGCCUGCAAAGAAUGAUGACCAAAUAACAUUCGGCCCUGCCAAAAUCGAAGAUCACUGGCCAUCGCUGAAGUCUAUCGGUUUUGGUACUGUGGAUGCUGUUCUGCCUGUUGAAGGUAGCGGUGACGAGGUUUAUAUCUUCCAUGGCAGCCGCUUUGCUCGGGUGAAGGUGGUACCCGAAACUAAACAGGAUGAAGUUGUCGGCGGUCCUUGGAUCAUUACAGAAAGAUUCAAGAGCCUUGCAUCAGCCGGAUACGAUACUAUUGAUGCUGCAAUGCCUGUUCCAGCCAAACGCGGCGAAGCCUACAUCUUCUGGGGCGUCAACUAUGUCAGAAUCAAUGUGGAUCAAGACAAGAUUGUGUACGGCCCAGCUAAGCUCUCUGUCGAAUGGCCGGCCUUGACCAAAUCUGGGUUUGACUCAGUCGAUGCAGCGUUGCCCGUACCUGAAGACCCAAAAGGAUUGACAUACUUCUUCAGUGGAGACCAAUAA